ACACUGACCUUCACACUGACCUUCACACUGACCUUCACACUGACCUUCACACUGACCUUCACACUGACCUUUACACUGAUCCUGACCUACAAUUUAAAGGGGAGGAUGGUCCUGUAAAGCAGAGUUGGAUUGGAGGGAUGAACCAGGGCUGUGCUCCAGUUUUCCAACCUUUUGGAGAACCAGUAUCAACAAAUAUUCCUUUGAACACCCCUAGCCCCGGCAGUAAAGGGACGAAGUUGGAGACAAUUAAGAACUGGACGAUUUCAACAUACAAGUGCUCUAAACAAUCACUUUAUGAGAAGCUUGGAAAGACAAAUCGAACCGUUGAUAUUGAAUUGGAGUCUCAGAUCGAAGCAUUAAGAGACACACAGAGAAAGUACGGAAAUAUUCUAAGAUUGGCCAGAUCUCUCACUUCUCAUUUUUACCAUGUAGUUCAAACACAGAGUGCAAUGGGAGAAUGUUUCUCAGAAUUAGCACAUAAAUCACCAGAACUACAGGAAGAGUUUCUUUACAAUGCAGAAACCCAGAGAACCUUAUCUAAGAAUGGAGAACAUUUACUUGCUGCUCUUAACUUCUUCGUGAGCAGCGUGAACACUCUCGCCAACAAGACCAUGGAGGAUAGUAUCCUCACAGUCAAACAGUAUGAAACAGCAAGAGUUGAAUUUGAUGCGUAUAAAAGUGAUUUGGAUUAUUACGCUGUUGCACCAAAAACUGAAAUUAACCAAAUAAAGAUGGCUGAAACUCAGGCGGCCUUCAACAAUAAGAAGUGUGAGUUUGAGAAGCUUAGAUCUGAUGUUCAAAUCAAACUCAAGUUUCUAGAUGAAAACAGGGUAAAGGUAAUGCAGAAGCAACUGUUGCUGUUCCAUAAUGCUGUAUCUGCGUAUUUCUCUGGUAACCAGGCCGCUCUUGAAUCCACCAUGAAACAGUUUGCCAUCAAGGUUAAUGGUCCCAACAGUAAUCCACCCUCCUGGAUCGAAAAGUAGAAUCCAUAAAUAUCAUGACUUGAACAUGAACAGUAAGAUCCAUAAACAUCAUGGAUCCAACAGUGGAAUUCAUUAAAAUACAUCAUGGAUCGACAGUGAAAUCCAUAAGCAUCAUGGAUCCAACAGUGGAAUUCAUUAAAAUACAUCAUGGAUCGACAGUGAAAUCCAUAAGCAUCAUGGAUCCAACAGUAGAAUCCACAACAUUCAUUGAACAAACUGUAGAAUUCAAGAACGGAGGAAUCCAUAAACAUCAUGGAUCAAACCGUAGAAUCCAAAAACAUCAUGGAUCAAACAGUGGAAUUCAUUAAAAUACAUCAUGGAUCAAACAAUGGUAUCUAUAAAUAUCAUGGAUCAAACAAUGGAAUCCAUAAAUAUCAUCAAAUUAUUCAAUUGGGAAAAAUUCUUAAAAAAUUAUCCAACGUGGAGGCAGUUCAACUGUAGAAUUUGCUUACAAUCUCUAAAUUAAAUUAACUAUUUUAUUAGAAGUCCAAUAUCGAAUCACGAAUGAAAGGUCUAGAGUCUAGACACCAAAACUAAAUUGUAUUCUAAUAAUUAAUUCAAUGACAUGGAGCCUAACAGAUGCAUUUAAUACAUUCCAUUUCUUCACAUUU